AAGUCAAAAGUUGUUUACUUUUUUUCUUUUCAGUCAACCACGAAGUCACACUCGCUUGGCGCUAAUGUACAGACCGUGCUGUCUUUAAUGAAGGCUCACAACCCUGCGCUGUGUAACGCUGCCGCACGUCGGGCUCAGAAGCGACACACGCAAAGCGCGGGCUCAGCAAGCACCAGCGAUUCAGAUAAUGCUUUUGAUGAGUUACUUCUAGGGCUUCAGGAUGAGUUUGGACACAUCACUUUCGAGCAUCGCGAACUUUCUCGUCAAAUACAAGAAUCAGAUGAUCCGAGAAUCCAAGAAGACCUCAGACGAGAAUUAGAAAACUUAGAAGCUCGCAUGGAGGCGAAAGGAGAACAAAUAGCAAUGGUUCGACGGCAACAACAAAAAGUCAAAAGACAGCGCAAGCAACAAAAGACUAGAACAGCAGCGAGACCCAAUAGCGCAAGCGCUGUUCUCCCGGCGAGUGGCGGAGAAGUUCAAGUGAUAACGACUGUUAAAACAAAAGCAGCAAAAACUACCCGCCCGGGAGAGGGAGCGAAGACUACAUUAACCGCCUUAAAAGGAAUGAAGACACUUCAAAAUUCGUUAGGAAAGAAUCAAUAUCAUUGGGACUGACAUCGGUUUUGCUUUUAGGUUAAGAACGGGGUGGGUGAGUGACUGUGAAAUCAAGUUGAUCAUGAGGGAAGGGUGGGCGAGUAGGUUUUACAGCCGUCCUGUAACUCAAGGAACAAUUAUAUUGACCUUGUAUUACAAUGCAAGAACUUCACGUAGAAAAUUGUUUGAAUCCUUUAGUCUUAACAGUGAUAAAAUCUUUUUUACAUUGUCAACCAGAAAGGUGACGAUAAUCUAGUAAUCUAGAUGAUCCACCACUGACGUUUUAAAGAAUGCGUGGCAAUCAACAAAGAGAAUUAUUACAGUAAUACAAUCUCCAGAUUGAACUUUAUUCACAAAACUUCCUUGUACCAAAAUUUAACACACACGCGACAUGCUUCUCGACAUCUCUCUGAAUGACAAGUAUUAAUAUCAAAUUCUAACUCACGAAAUUAAUUUAUUCCGGCUUACAAUGUAGUGUUUCCCCUCUCUAAAGCUGUGAAAUAACCCUUCUAUAUAAUUAUGUAAAUGAACAAGCGUUAUGGACAUAUUAAUAAAUGUACACAAGACACUCGUGAUGGUUUAUAAACUUAAUGCCAACA